AUGUGUGAAAUCGACAAUUCGAAUGUAACGUGGCACAACAGGUUCAACGUCAAUACGGAACCUCAAAUCCUAUGCUAUUUUAAUGGCAGUACCAUUUCGACCACAAACUUUCUCACCACCACAUUUGCGGUCACCAAAUCCGCGGUCGCUACAGCCAUCGGAGUAACCGAAGUAAAGCUGUGA